AUGGCAUCGCCAAGUGCCGGUAAACGGCGAAUCGAUAAUGACAUUAUGAAGCUAAUAAAGUCAAAACAUGAAGUAAUCAUUUUAGCAGACCUUAAUGAAUUUCAAGUGAAAUUCUUUGGACCGCUUGAGACGCCUUAUGAGAAAGGUGUAUGGAAAGUGAGAGUCCAUCUGCCAGAUACCUAUCCUUUCAAAUCGCCGAGCAUAGGGUUUGUUAAUAAAAUCUAUCAUCCCAAUAUCGACGAAUCGUCGGGCACAGUUUGUCUCGAUGUCAUCAAUCAGGCUUGGACGGCAUUAUACGAUCUUUCGAAUAUAUUUGAAUGUUUCUUACCGCAACUGCUAACAUAUCCAAAUCCGACGGAUCCGCUUAAUCGACACGCAGCUUCGUUGUAUUUGCAUGAACGUGAUAAAUAUGAUCGCAAAGUAAUUGAAUAUGUGCAACGCUAUGCCACCGAAGAAGCUUUGCGGACAACGCGUGUCGAAAGCAGCGACAGUGAAUCUAGUAUGUCCGAUUAUAGCGAGGAAGAGGCACAAGAUAUGGAUAUAUAG